AUGGUUCUGACGCGUGUAUUCCGUGCCGUCGGUCGUACGACCUUGCUCGAUGCAGCCAGUGGAGGCCAACAACAGGGACAGCAGCUGGUUCGACUGCCGCUGCGUCGCAAGUACACUUAUCGCAGCGGUGCCUUGAAACCGAUGCCCGAAAUCACACCGUUCGGAUUGUUCGGCAUUAUCUGUACGGUCAUACCGGGUCUACUGAUUGGAGCCACCAUCAGCAAGAACAUGGCCAACUUUCUCGAGGAGAAUGAUCUGUUUGUGCCGUCGGACGAUGAUGAUGAUGACGAUUAA